AUGAACGCCGGCCUCGACGCCGCCCCGGGGUGGACGCUCUUCGCGUUCGUGCUCAUCGACAUGGGCAGCGCGCUGUGCCUGUACGCGCUCUUCGCCGCGGCGAAGGUCCCCGUCGACGCGGACUUCGCGCUGGCGUACGCGGUGAGCAAGAGCAUCCGAGCGCCGAGGCUCGCGUUGGGUGCGUUCUGUUUUUUACGCCGCGCCGGUUCCCGCGCGACCGCGUCGGCUAUCGGCACUGGUCCCCAUACGACCCCGUUCGCGUGGUGA